AUGGGUACUCGUGGGUUUUUCAUCGAAUCUCAGGCGAGUCUGAACAAGGGGCUUGAUAUGCCAAACCUGAGGUUAAGAGGUCUCGACAAUGAAGAACCAUUCCCGUUGGGUUUUGUGUAUACCGGACAGGGCACACAGUGGGCUGGCAUGGCGAAGGAGCUUUUUAGCAAUUGCAGCGUGUUCGAAAGUACCAUCAAGUAUCUCGAUUCCUGCCUCCGAACUCUGGCUCCGAAAGAUGCUCCCACCUGGACGCUUGAGGGUAUUCUGCGCGGUAAAGAAAACCACGAUAUCAGCGCCGCAGAAGAAUCACAACCACUUUGCACUGCGGUGCAGAUCGCGCUGACAGAUAUGCUCAGAGACUGGGGUGUUUCCCCGGAGACGGUGGUUGGCCACUCCUCUGGUGAGAUAGGGGCAGCGUACGCUACUGGGGCUAUCGAUGCCCGGCAAGCCAUCUUCGCGGCUUACUUUCGCGGAGCUGUUGUUGCUGAGGUCUCUGCUGAAGGCUCCAUGGUUGCUGUAGAUCUUGGAAAAGACCAGGCACAGGCGAUAGUCGAGGAAUGUGAGUUAACAGAGUCUGCUAUCGUUGCAUGUGCGAACUCUCCGGAAAGUACUACCGUUAGUGGUGAUGCAGACGCCAUCAAUUCUCUGCUCGGAGUGUUUCAAAAUAGAGGUAUCUGGGCACGGAAAUUGAUGACUGGGGGUACAGCGUAUCAUUCGCACCAUAUGAAGGCUGUGGGGCCGAGAUAUGAGGCUUUACUCGAGCGCUAUUGGAGUAUGACUGAUGACCAGGUCAGUGGUAAAGUCAACGGUCAAGUGAAUGGUCACGUCAAUGGAUAUCCUAACGGCUUUUCUGAUGGUCAUGUUAACAGUCAUGAUAAUGAGACUGUUAACGGCUACGUAAAUGGAAGCUUUAAUGGCCAUGUUAGUGAGAAAGUCAACGGCUACGCUAAUGGCCAACUUAAUGGUCAAAGCGAUACUCCCGCGCCAUCAGUAACCAUGAUUUCAACUGCGACCGGUGGCCCGAUCAGUACAAAUCAAGUCGGGACGGCGAAAUACUGGCGCUCGAAUCUCGAAUCUCCAGUACAGUUUGACGCGGCCAUCAAAAUCAUCUUGGAGCAAGGGAAUUAUCAUCUGAUAGAACUCGGUCCGCACUCGGCCUUACAGCUCCCCAUAAAGCAGACUUCAUCAGUCAUGGAACAGAGUCGUUAUAUCUACAAUUCUGCUCUCAUACGCCACCAAGAUGCCCAGCUAACCACCCUUCAACUUGUCGGUUCCUUGUUCUUGCACGGACACGAUGAGCUUCAGCACCAUAAGAUGUUCGUAGAUACCCCCCAACCUCACGUCUUAGUCGACUUGCCGCCUUACCCCUGGGACUACAGCUCACCCACCCUAUGGACUGAGCCUCGCGCCAGUGUUGAGUUUCGUCACCGCAAAUACCCACGGCACGAGCUCCUCGGAUCACAAGUAUCAGGAGGGAACACCGCAGGUGUGACGUGGCGCAAUAUACUGGACCUCAAUGAGGCCGACUGGUUGGCUCACCAUUGCCUGGGUGCCUGGAUAUUAUUCCCCGCCGCGGCUUAUAUUGCGAUGACAGUUAAAGCAAUGUGCCAGGUUGCAGGGCUACAGCUGGAAGAUAGUCCUGGAGUGGAACUUCGCAAUCUCAAUUUCGUCAAAACACUCGAUAUGGACCUCAAGAAGAAGCCAUCGGUGGAGAUCUUUUCCGAGAUGCGCCCGAUGGCUAUUUCUAGUGUGACAAAUUCGGACACUUGGUGGAAAUUCAGUGUCGUCUCGAUCGACGGCGAUUCCCGAGCAACUUUGCAUAUGAAUGCGGCUGUGCGGCUAGCAGAUUCCUCGCCAUGCAUAGAUCGGAAAAUCAAGCUUGAUAGAUCAAUGAUGCAGAAAGAUGCAGCCCGCGUCUGGUACGACAGGUUCACUCAAGUAGGGUUGAACUGGGGACCUCGGUUCGCUGUCUUGGAGGAGAUUUUCCGGGAUCGUGCGCGGACGGCGCCCAUAGCAGCAUCUACUACACAUCUUCAGCGCGGAGACAGGUUUAGUCGGUACAUUGCAAAUUCGAUUUCUAUAGAUGCAAUGUUACAAACAUCAUUUAUUGUGACUACUGGUGGCUGGGUGAGCAAACUCCGCGCGACGGUUCCUGUUGCAAUGGACUCGGUAUACGUCGCGCCUCCGUCGGCCCUUGACAUGGAUACGAAUAAGCCAUGGUAUGUUGACACCAAGUCAGAGGUCGUGGGUUUUGGAACGCAUAGAAUUGAUGCAGAGUUGUUUAAUUCGUCUGGAGAAGUGUUGAUAAGAAUGAGCCAAGCUCGCUGUAUUGCCUAUCAAGGGAACAGGCAGGCGGAAAACACUGAAAAACGCAAUCCCCUGCUGAGAGCUGCGUGGAAGCCAGAUCUCUCUGCAUUAACUAAUUGGGGUCUUGAUAAUUAUCUGGAACAUUUCACUCGGGUUUACGGCUCUAAUAAAGCGACCAACGACGUGCUGUGUUUGGUCGGUGUCCUGGAUUUGGCCUGUCAUCAACAUUGUAAUAGCAACAUCCUCGAACUGGGGAGUCAAACGCAGAUUUCAGAGUCUGUUCGUGGUGUACUAGGUGUUGACUCCUCUUUCAGAAGGUACAAGUCCUAUCAUUGUGGGGUCCUGGUAAACGGCGAUCUAGUCGGCGCGGGGGGUUUCCCGGAGACAGAAGAUGAGCACAAUUCGGAUCAAAUCCCGCAAGACAAGAAGUUCGAUAUAGUUUUAGUCCCCUCGGUUGGCCUCUGGACGCCGGAUAUUGUCAGCAGACUCACACCGGGGGCGACUGUCAUCACGAUAGGGGAUGUUCCCAGCGACGGUAUCACUUGGACAAAGACCAUAAGAGGAAGUGAUUCUUUCCCCGUCACAGUUGGGACUAUCAAGGGCCUCGUUAGCCAGAGAAAGAUCAUCAAAACCCCGACAGUCGUGGUAAGCUAUUUCGACCACCUCUGA